UGGACCAGAGGGACCACUACUAUAAACAUACCAAGAGUCCCAGCGAGAGAAGAAGAAGACCACGUCGUUGUUAUCUUCGGCCAAGUCGGAGGACUGUCGUGACUGUUUUAUUUUCUGCUUCUGCUCUUUUUUUGCUCCGGAAAACAAAACAAAAAAAAAAAACUCUGAAAACAGACAAAAACUUGGCGCUGAAGCAGCUUCAGGACCAACUCAGGACUGACUUUGCGACUUUUUUUUUGUUGUUUUGUUUUGCUGUCGUUCUUCUAAAGGCUCUAUGAUCCCAGAGACUCUCGAGGUUUCUCUUCUCCGGACAGGAUUGUAACGUUAUCCCAAAGACCCAUAUGAGGAAUAUCUGUUCGCUGUGAGGUUUCAACGCCGUCGAGCGAAGAAAGUUUCUCCGGCGGGGAGCAGAGAACGGCAUGUAGCGCAGGAUCAAGGCACCCAUUCUUCCUCCUCCAACCCAUCGUCCUCCUCCUCCUUUCCGGGCAUCUUUGGGAAUGGGCCAGCGCCUUGCCAGGGUGCAUCUCUCCACCCGGUGGUGUGGCUGGCGUCGUGCGAGAGUGAGGAGGGCAGUGGCCAGGUCAUAGAGCCUGCCCACUCCUCUCUCCGCUUGCUUGCUCCCAAGUGACUUUUGACCUUCGACUCAGCUGUGACCCCGCCGUGACCUCUGGCCAGCCAUGCCCUUCCGGCUGAAGCUGCGGCGCACACGGCGCUACAACGUUCUGAGCAAGAACUACUUUGUGACACGGAUUCGCCUGCUGGACAGCAAUGUGAUUGAAUGCACUCUGUCAGUGGAGAGUACGGGACAGGAAUGUCUGGAGGCGGUGGCCCAAAGGCUGGAGCUACGGGAGACCCAUUUCUUCGGGCUGUGGUUCCAAGGAAAGACCCAGGCCCCAGCCCAGCGCUGGGUGGAGCUGGAGAAACCCCUCAAGAAGCAGCUGGACAAGUUUGGCAAUGAGCCGCUGCUCUUCUUUGGAGUCAUGUUCUAUGUGCCCAGUGUUUCUCGGCUGGAGCAAGAGGCCACAAGGUAUCAGUAUUACCUGCAGGUAAAGAAGGAGGUGUUGGAUGGACGUCUCCACUGCACAGUAGAGCAGGGGAUCAGACUAGCAGGCCUGGCAGUACAAGCUGACUUUGGAGACUUCACACAGUUCAUGUCUCAGGACUUCCUCAGGGAGUACGUGCUCUUCCCAGUGAACUGGCCUAAUGGAGAUGAGGUGCUGGAGGAGUGGACUCAGAAGGUCGCUGAGGAGCACAAGAGUCACUGUCGAAUGCAGGCUGCUGAAGCAGAGCUGCUGUACAUCAAGGAGGUGGAGAAACUGGACGGUUUUGGCCAGGAGAGCUUUGCUGCUAAGGACAACUACACCAACGAUAUUUUCAUUGGUGUGUCCUUCAUUGGAGUGUUUGUCAAACACAGAAAUGGCAGAUCCAUCAUGCUCCACAAGUGGAAGGACAUUGGUACCAUAGCACACAACAAGUCAGCCAUCACAGUAGAGAUAACAAGCAGAGACGACACCAUCAUUUUUCACAUGGAGGAUAUGGAAAUGGCCAAGUACAUCGCUCGUCUUUUCACGGCCAGACACAAAUUCUACAAACAGAACAAGAUCUGUGCAGAGCCCACUCAUUCACCUGCGCCAAUCAGGAGGAGACCGACCUGGACCCACCGCCCCUCUCUGUCGAGUCCCCAGUCCUGUAACUUCCAGUCAAUGCAUUCCCAUUAUGCAGAGCAUUAUCAGGACACACAGAGCUCUCAAGACAGCAUCUUCCAUGACGACCCCUACUACAAGUCAGAAACCAGUCUGGACCGCUGCCCGGUCGACUUUCCUUUCCGAAACGGUACCGUGCCCAAUGGAAGCAUGUACAGCAGCCCCAGCCUGAGCUCCCUCAAUCAUUCCCAGACUUUUGUCCCGCCCUCGCCCAUAUCCUCCAACCUCAGCAUCCCCGGCAGUGAGCUGAUGCGCCCUGACUACAUCCCCAGCCACCGCCACAGUGCCAUCAUUGCUCCGUCCUACCGGCCCACGCCUGAGUACGAUGCUGUCAUGAGGCAGAAGCGGCGGAUGCUCCCCGCUCACCAUGAUCUCCACAGCCAAUCACUGCGCAGUCUGAACAUCAGUAAUGCCUGUGCUUACCGCCAGCCUGAAGCUUUGGUGUACAGCCAGCCAGAGAUGAGGGAGAGGGGCCCUUAUCAUGGCCUGGGGCCAAGCCCUGGACCUUACACACCACAGAUCAGCUACAGUAAGCCAGUGUCCCAUGGCCCUCAUCAGGGAGGACCAGCUAGCAGCCAGGGCCCCUGUCACUCACCCUGUGUUAAUGGCGGUGGAGGCAGUGGCGGAGGUGGAGGUGUAGGAAGCUCCAUCUCUCACACUGUCAGCACACCUGAGUUGGCGAAUACCAAACAACAGGGGACCAAUGCGGGAAGCUAUGCAGCUACAGCAAACAUGCUGAGAAACCACAUGUCGCGCCCUCCUCCACCGUACCCUUCCAGCUCCUUCCGCCCGGCCACCAGUACACCGGACCUGGCCAGCCACCGUCACCGCUGCAUCGGGGGCAGCAGUCCGGAGCUGGUUACCCGCAUGGUGCAACUGUCGGUCAAGACCUUCCAGCCGGACAGCUCGGCUGUUGUGCACCAGUCCCUGCAGGAGGUCAGUGAACCAUUAACUGCAGCUGCUAAGCACCGCUCCACUCUGGGUAAGAGACACAGCAUGGAGGUGAUCACCAGCAUGAGAGGAGGAGGAGGAGGAGGAGGGAUGGAGGGCAUGGUGAUGAAGGGCAUGAAUGCUCCACUUCAUCGGAGGAAUACUCUCAGAGAACAUGUGAUGCCGCCUCAGCCCCAGUCCAUUCCUCAGCCCCAGCCCCAAACUCCUCAGUCACAACCCCAGCCGCAGCCCCAGCCUCCACCUCAGCAGCCAAAAGAGUUGCCCAUGCAGAUGCCUGCCCAGAAAGCACCUGAGGCUUCUGUAGCACCACCUGCAGCAGUGGCCUACCAGCAUCAAAAGACUCUUUCUAAUGCUACCAUGCUCAUACACAGUAGUGAGAGUGAAGAAGAGGAGGAGGAGGAAGAGGAGAGGCCCGAGCUGGAUGUUCAAAUCCCAGGUCUCAACGAGGAAAUCAGCAUCAGCGCUCAGCUCCAGGCUGCUCUGGCCAAGCUGCCCAACAAACCCCCUCCAGAGUACCCUGGUCCUCCUAGACCUCCUAGCAACGCUCAGAUCCGCAACCACACCCACAAUCAAAACCACAGUCACCACCACAACCACAAUCAAGGACCACAGAGCAACCAGGGACCAAUGGAAGCAAACCAAGCCCAGGGCCGAGCCCUCAAAACCGGGCAGAGCCAGGGCGGUGGCGGGCCUGGAGGAGGUUGUGGUGCCGGUGCUGGUGGGACACUGACACGAGGGGACCAGGGUGGGGUGAAUGGAGCAGUUUUAGGUCCAUCCAUCUCAGAACCGGACCUGACCAGUGUGAAGGAGAGGGUGAGGAAGGAGCCGGUCAAAGAGAGGCCGGUGUCAGAGAUGUUCUCCUUGGAAGACAGCAUAGUGGAGAGGGAAAUCGCUCAAAGGACGCUGGAGAGACAGAAGAUGUCUGUGGACUCCAUGAAGAGGCCGCUGAUGAUGGCCGCCCUCAACGGCCUCUAUGUGGCCCGAAUGCCUGUCCCCAAGAGUCCCGCAGAGGAAGGCGCCAAGGCUGCUACCGACGAACGGUGUAAGACCUUGGAGUUGAAGCUGGAAGAGGAGCGAGUCUUCACUGAGUAUGAGCAGGUGCCCAAGAAGAGGGCAAACUCUGUUCUCACCACAGCAACUCUGCCUGAAAACACAGAGCGCAACCGUUUCCGUGACGUCGUCCCUUAUGAGGAGAAUCGGGUCGAGCUCGUACCAAACAAGGAGAACAACACGGGCUACAUUAAUGCCUCGCAUAUAAAGGUGAUGAUCAGAGGGGAGGAGUGGCACUACAUUGCCACCCAGGGCCCGCUAGCCAACACCUGUGCCGACUUCUGGCAGAUGGUCUGGGAGCAGGGGGUCAACGUCAUCGCCAUGGUUACUGCAGAGGAGCCAAUGGAGGUUCCCACCAUGUUGUCAGAGCUGAGGCAGCAGAGGAUGCUGAUGGUGCAGACCAUCUCCCAGUACAAGUUUGUCUACCAGGUCCUCAUCCAGUUCCUCAAGAAUUCCCGCCUCAUCUGAGCGCGGGCCCAUUGCCUUUGACCUUACGUGACGUGGCAGAAUAGCGGCAGGUGGCGACAAUGGUACUUAAUGUAAGCAUGAGGACUCGUACGGCAGAUAUAACCGAUAGCAUCAGUUGCAGAUGCAGAUGCAGAUGUGGUUAGAAGCAACUCCUCUUUCAUGUUGAGGUUUCUAUGUGGCAGUUUAUUGUUAUGGAAAAAAUUGUGCGUGUACAAACUCAACUCAUGGGAGGAAAGGAUUCGUGUAGGGCUGUUUCGAAAACUGAUGACCAUUUCUUCUACUCAGUGUGUUCGGAUUUCCCCUGGUCCCCUGGGAUUUAAUCUUGGACCUGAUCUUUCUCUGUGGAGCAUGCAUGUCUGUGCCUUUUCUCCAUGCAGGUCAGGUGAAUAAGCCGCUUAUCUUUCCUGCAGGCGUGAAUGUGUCUGUCUGGCUAUGUGCCCUGUGUGCUCUUGAGAUUUCUUUAGAAAUAUCUUGAGAAAUCAACUCUCAGUUAGUUUGGGUAGACGGCCCGCCUGUUACUUUUCUCAUUCAUUAUCUAGCCAUUAUUAGAAAUGGCAGUAUGCUGCAUGAACAGUAGGUGGCAGCAGUAUUAUUACUAAACUCUAUACUCUGAAAGAGUUUGCCAAACAAAAAUAUACUUUAAAUCACUGUUCUAAAAUGUUCCUUUAUUUUUAACAGAGUAUUAAUUAAUACAGCAAAUAUUUACUUUGUACCAUUGUAACAAAUGGUUUAUUUAUUUCUGUCAAGAUUGAGGUCACCUUAGCCAUUGAACAGAGCAUUGACAAGCAUGUUGAUCUUUUGAACUUGUCUUAAUUUUUACUAUAUUUUUUGGAAAGCCUUCCUCGUCAAGGUCAUAAGGAUUUCUCCCACUUUCCAUUGAAGUUUCCUCAAUUUAAUCAUUUCUCUUAAGAUCCCGCUUUCACAUGCAAACACACGCACACACAAAGUACAUUUCAACAAUUAUUUGUUUUCUUGAAUCACAGCUCCUUAUGCUCCAAUGUGUCUUGUCACAUUUUUUUUUUACCUAAAGCAUUUUAAAACUCUAUCCAGUGAAUUGGACAUCAUUUAUAAAUAGAAUUUCACUGUUUGCAUAUGCACUCAAGAGAACUGUGCCCUUAUGUGCAGCAGAUACUGAUGUCAUUAUGCCUUCAUGAAACAUGAAACAAGUAGCUGCCUGGCUGAUCCUUGUUGUAGUGUUCUGGAUGGGUUUGGUAAACUAAGUACACUCUUUUUUUUUUUUUUAUCUCCAAAGAUUAAAUCUUAAAAUCAGUACUUUAUGGUUUGUCUUUUGAUACAAGAACAACAUUAACAUUUCAAAUCAUUUACCUAACUCUCAGGUAAAGAUGUGGCAGGAGAAAGCUGAUGCCUUGGUUUAUUUUUGAAGGAAAAUAGUUUAGUGACCCUACUGUCUUUGCCAAAAAAGGCAUCUGUUUCUACUAAUCUGAUCCAAACCCAGUAAUUACUGUGUUGCCAAGUAUCUGAAUCCUGUUUAUAAAAUCACCUCCUGAAGAAUUUCCUUUUUACAUGUUACAUUAAAUAUACUUUUUUAUUUUUCUGAAUUGUAAUGCAAAGCCAGCCGUGUCCAAGAUAACUUUGUACAUAAUGGGCAUGUGAGAAAAAAGAUUUCUACAAAUGUUUUAUAGUUUUUUUUUUUGACUUGGUACCCUAAAAAUACUGCAACAUAAUAAACUAUGCAUGCAUUUUUAUAUUUCAGUGUAUAUAUUCUCAGAUAA